AUGCAGCACUGGGCCCGGCGCCUGGAGCAGGAGAUCGAAGGCGUGAUGCGGAUUUUUGGGGGCGUCCAGCAGCUCCGAGAGAUCUACAAGGACAACCGGAACCUGUUUGAGGUGCAGGAGAACGAGCCCCAGAAGUUGGUGGAGAAGGUGGCAGGAGACAUAGAGAGCCUGCUGGCUCGGAAGGUGCAGGCCCUAAAGAGACUGGCCGACGCCGCGGAGAACUUCCAGAAAGCCCACCGCUGGCAGGACAACAUCAAGGAUGACCCUGAGAGUGAGGAUGUGGAGAGGGGCUCAAAGGCCAGCACCCUGAGGCUGGACUUUGUGGAGGACCCUAACUUCAAGAACAAGGUCAACUAUUCGUACGCGGCUGUGCAGAUCCCCACUGACAUCUACAAAGGCUCCACUGUGAUCCUGAAUGAGCUCAACUGGACGGAGGCCCUGGAGAACGUGUUCAUGGAGAACCGCAGGCAGGACCCCACCCUGCUCUGGCAGGUCUUUGGCAGUGCCACUGGGGUCACCCGCUACUAUCCAGCCACCCCAUGGCGAGCCCCCAAGAAAAUCGACCUGUACGACGUCCGAAGGAGACCCUGGUACAUCCAGGGGGCCUCGUCGCCUAAGGACAUGGUCAUCAUCGUAGAUGUGAGUGGCAGUGUGAGCGGCCUGACCCUGAAGCUGAUGAAGACGUCCGUCUGCGAGAUGCUGGACACACUCUCUGACGACGACUACGUGAAUGUGGCCUCCUUCAACGAGAAGGCGCAGCCUGUGUCCUGCUUCACGCACCUGGUGCAGGCCAACGUGCGUAACAAGAAGGUCUUCAAGGAGGCCGUGCAGGGCAUGGUGGCUAAGGGCACCACAGGCUACAAGGCCGGCUUUGAGUAUGCCUUCGACCAGCUGCAGAAUUCCAACAUCACGCGUGCCAACUGCAACAAGAUGAUCAUGAUGUUCACGGACGGCGGCGAAGACCGCGUGCAGGACGUCUUCGAGAAGUACAAUUGGCCCAACCGCACGGUGCGCGUGUUCACAUUCUCCGUGGGGCAGCACAACUACGACGUCACCCCCCUGCAGUGGAUGGCCUGUGCCAACAAAGGUUACUAUUUUGAGAUCCCGUCCAUCGGUGCCAUCCGAAUCAACACGCAGGAGUAUCUGGAUGUGCUGGGCAGGCCCAUGGUGCUGGCGGGCAAAGAGGCCAAGCAAGUGCAGUGGACCAAUGUGUAUGAGGAUGCCCUGGGACUGGGGUUGGUGGUGACAGGGAUGCUCCCGGUUUUCAACCUGACACAGGAUGGCCCGGGGGAGAAGAAGAACCAGCUGAUCCUGGGUGUGACGGGCAUCGAUGUGGCUCUGAAUGACAUCAAGAGGCUCACACCCAACUACACGCUUGGAGCCAACGGCUACGUGUUUGCCAUCGAUCUGAACGGUUACGUGCUGCUGCACCCCAACCUGAGGCCCCAGACCACUAACUUCCGGGAGCCUGUGACCCUGGACUUCCUGGACGCAGAACUGGAGGAUGAGAACAAGGAGGCGAUCCGUAGGAGCAUGAUUGACGGCCACCAAGGUGACCGGCAGAUCCGAACACUGGUCAAGUCCCUGGAUGAGAGGUACAUAGACGAAGUGACACGGGACUAUACCUGGGUACCCGUCAGGGGCACCAACUAUAGCCUAGGGCUGGUGCUCCCGCCAUACAGCACCUUCUACCUCCAAGCCAACCUCAGCGACCAGAUCCUGCAGGUCAAGUUGCCAAUCAGCAGACUGAAGGAUUUUGAGUUCCUGCUCCCCAGCAGCUUUGAGUCUGAAGGACAUGUUUUCAUUGCGCCCAGAGAGUAUUGCAAGGACCUGAACGCGUCUGACAACAACACCGAGUUCCUGAAGACCUUUAUCGAACUCAUGGAGAAGGUGACCCCGGACUCCAAGCAGUGCAACAACUUCCUUCUGCACAACCUGAUCCUGGACACGGGCCUCACGCAGCAGUUGGUGGAGCGUGUGUGGCGGGACCAGGACCUCAACACGUACAGCCUGCUGGCUGUGUUUGCUGCCACUGAUGGUGGUAUCACCCGUGUUUUCCCCAACAAGGCAGCUGAGGACUGGACGGAGGACCCUGAGCCCUUCAACGCCAGCUUCUACCGCCGCAGCCUGGACAACCAGGGCUAUGUAUUUCAGCCCCCCCACCAGGACACCCUGCUGAGGCCACUGGAGCUGGAGAAUGACACCGUGGGGGUUCUGGUCAGCACAGCUGUGGAGCUCAGCCUGGGCGGGCGCACACUGAGGCCAGCAGUGGUGGGCGUCAAGCUGGACCUGGAGGCCUGGGCUGAGAAGUUUAAGGUGCUAGCCAGCAAUCGCACCCACCAGGACCGGCCUCAGAAGUGUGGCCCCAGCAGCCACUGUGAGAUGGACUGUGAAGUUAACAACGAGGACCUGCUGUGUGUUCUCAUUGAUGAUGGGGGCUUCCUGGUGCUAUCGAACCAGAACCAUCAGUGGGACCAGGUGGGCAGGUUCUUCAGUGAGGUGGACGCCAAUCUGAUGCUGGCACUCUACAACAACUCCUUCUACACCCGCAAGGAGUCCUUCGACUAUCAGGCUGCCUGUGCACCCCAGGCCCCAGGGAACCUGGGUGCCGCCCCCAGGGGUGUCUUUGUGCCCACCAUCGCUGACGUCCUUAAUCUGGCCUGGUGGACUUCGGCUGCAGCCUGGUCCUUGUUCCAGCAGCUUCUCUAUGGCCUCAUCUACCACAGCUGGUUCCAAGCAGACCCAGCCGAGGCCGAGGGCGGCGCCGAGGCGCGGGAGAGCAGCUGCGUCAUGAAACAGACCCAGUACUACUUCGGCUCGGUGAACGCCUCCUACAACGCCAUCAUCGACUGCGGCAACUGCUCCAGGCUGUUCCACGCCCAGCGACUGACCAACACCAACCUCCUCUUCGUGGUCGCCGAGAAGCCGCUGUGCAGCCAGUGCGAAGCUGGCCGGCUGCUGCAGAAGGAGACGCACUCUUUCCCGAGCUCUCCCAUGUUCGUCCACCGCUUCCCACGCCUGUCGAAAAUUGGCGAAGACGACCAGGAGAACUACAACUCCCAGCACACGCUCCUCUCGCUGCCGACGGGAGCGUCCGGGCGCACGGUCUCCCGGGAUUUGUCCCGGGCGAGGGCUCUAGGCCCCGGCCCCGCCACCAGGCCGCGCUCGGCCCCUCGGGAUCCGGCGCCGUCCCAGCCGACCGGAAGUGGAGGCUGCCCCAGGGCCGUCGUCCAGCGGCUAGUUCGAGCCCGGGCCUCCCGUCGGGGCCGGACCGGGACAAGGCCCCGGGGAGGCCCCUAG